AUGGCUUCUCACUUGAGAAGGUGCCACCGAAAUAAUGUGCAGAGACCGUCGAGGGCGGUCCAAAUCUCUGUCGCCGCCGCUAAAAUCAUCGUCGGCAACGCCGACCUUGUGAUGGAGAUCCUUAAGCGUCUACCGGUGAAAUCCCUCUUUCGAUUCAGGUCAGUCUCUAAAACAUGGCUCUUUCUCAUCUCCAGUCAUCGUUUCUCUCUCCUCCACUGGCUACAUCAGCAGCCUCCACAAUUCCAUGAUCCCAAAAUCUCCGGCCUUUUCUUCACCUCUAGAUCCGGAUCUGGAUUGAUCAAAUUCAUUCCUCUCAUUUACUCUGACUUGAAAAAUUCUACUACUAUUACUAUUAAUGGCGGAGAUGAAAACAACCCACUCGCUCAAUUCACUGAUGUGAAUACUAGUACAACCGUAGACUCCUCUUGUAAUGGUUUUCUACUCAUCUGCUGCCAAACUAAGCUAUAUACUUAUAGUGGUCCAAGGAGGUCUUUCCACGUUUACAAUCCUACUACCAAGCAAUUCUCUACUCUUCCCUGGCCUUUUUCCCAGGCGUUCACUUUUCCUGGUGAGAAUGUGUUUUUGGUUUUUGAUCCUUUAAAAUCACUUCACUACAAAGUUGUUUUGCUUCAGAGUAAAUUGCAUAGGUCUUCCCUCUUGUGUCAAUUGCAUAUUUAUUCCUCAGAAACCAAUGCCUGGUCUUCACCACCCAAUAUUGGUGAUCAGCAUUCUUUUCGGGUAUCAUUACGUGUGAACCUCAAUAAUGGAGUCUAUUGCAAUGGUUCCAUUCAUUGGAUUUCCUACAGCCAACUCGAAAAUUCCAUAUACUUUGAUGUUGAUGAAGAAAGAUUCUGCUCAAUGCCAUCUCCACCAUUUCUGAUUACUGUUUAUAGAUUCUGGCAUUUUGGGAAGUCCAGAGGUCAUUUGCAUUUUAUUAAUUAUUAUGAUGAUAACGGAUUUAAUGUCAACGUCUUCGAGAUGGAGAGUGAUUACUCCAAGUGGACAUUGAAGUAUCGGGUUGACCUGAACGCAAUGGUGGUUGAUCUUGCAUCAAAGGAGGAGAUGGUUGUCUGCGAUGAUACUGUCUCUGUGCUUCGUUUAAUUCACGGAGAAGAUGAAGGGGACGUGUUUUUGGUGCUAUUUGUAGGAACCAAUAUGAUCAUCUCCUACAACAUUAAGGAUAACAUCUUCAAGAAGCUUGCUGAUGUAGGACGCCAUCCUGUUUCCUCUUCUCGUGGCCUUUCGUGGUUUAAAGACUCUAGCGUCUAUCGAUACAUUGAGACAAUAUUUCCUGUUUAA